UUGGGGAGCUUUGGACGUCACAUUAGCGCUUAGGUUAGCAGUAGCUUGUUAAUCAACUUUAGACUGACUUUACAGCAAAGAGGAAAGUCUUCACAUCUCACCAUGUCUACAUAUAUCUUUUUGACUUUGUAAUAAGGAAGAGGACCGCACCGGAGCCGCUCAUUGAUGGGGACUUAGCCUGUAGCUUAUGUUAGCUACUAAACAUCAACAGGAAGUAACGGACUAGAUCCUUUUCAUUUUUCCAAUGUCGUGCACUUUGAAUACUUCAGGCAUGAAUUGUACCUUGGAGAAAGUCCUGGCAGACGCCAAAUCAUUAGUGGAAAGACUUAGAAACCAUGACAACGCUGCCGAGAUUUUAAUCGAACAGACGACAUCCCUCAACAAGCGAGUGGAUGCCAUGAAGCAGUACCAAGAGGAGAUUGACUCAUUGAACCAGGUUGCACGACAUAGGCCUCGUUCCAGUCUGGUCUUGGGAAUCCAACAGGAGAACCGUCAGAUCAGAGAGCUCCAGCAGGAAAACAAAGAGCUACGGACGUCGUUGGAGGAACACCAGUCGGCAUUAGAGCUCAUCAUGACCAAAUACAGGGAGCAGGUGUUCAGGCUUCUCAUGGCCAGCAAGAGGGACGACCCCGCCAUCGUGACCCAGCUGAAGGAGCAGCACACUACGGAAAUGCAGGCACAUAUAGACAAGAUCAAUGAAAUGGCCUCUGUAAUGAGGAAGGCAAUAGAGGUGGAUGAGGGGCGUGUAUGUGAAGAUGAAGAGAGAAUCAAACAACUAGAGUUGGAGAAUAACGGACUACGAGAGCUGCUGGGAAUCAGUCGUGAGGCGUUCCUCGUUCUGAAGAGAGAAGACGCGUCAGAGAGCACGUCGCUGUCGCCGCUCAUGACCAGCGGGGACGUCAGUUUACGAAAGAGUUAGAGCCCCAUGAUGGCCCCCCCACUCCUCCCAACACCGCUGCCACUACUGUGUACAGUGUGUACAGUCUUUUUUUUCCACAUACCACUUCACCUCUCACCCCCACAGACUCUUCCAAUCAUCUGACCCCCCGUCCCCCCUUCUCCUGCUGCAUCUUCAGCAUAGCAUGAGGGUCCAGAGCUGCAUCAUGCAUCAUGAUUCAGAUACAAGCUGUUUUUUGUUUUUUUUUGUUUGUUUGUUUUGUUUUUUUCUGUUGGUACUUCUGUUAUGUUUGCUAAUUUUGCCAGCAUGCAUGAGCCUGUGGUGCCUGCAAGGUUUUAAAAGUGUGAAUGAGUUAAAAAAAAAAAAAGGGCUUGAGUUAAAAU